UUAAAAAAAAACUCAAAUCAAGAUGUAGAGGUUUAACGGAGGCGUCCGAUUCAAUAGCAUGAGAUGUGCAGUGGCCAAGUCAGUUUAUCUGAAGAAGAAGAAGAAGAAGAAGAAGAAGAAGAAGAAGAAGAAGAAGAAGAAGAAGAAGAAGAAGAAGAAGAAGGAACCAGCACAAAGAGAGAAGUCAGAAAAGAAGGAAUGCAAAGGAACAAGAAAAGGAGUGCAGUAUAAGGAUUCCCACUUGGAUAUCAUCAUUUACCGAAGGGAAGAUGGUGAAUGGGUUGCUUAUAGCCCCAAAACAGCCGCGGACAUCCUUAAGGCAGCGGCUGCAGGCGAGAAAGGUGCUUAUGUUACUGAUGAGACCACCAACAAGCUGCGGCAGGCUUUUGUAAACGUGCUCUUUAUGAGGGAGGAGAUUUGGUAUAGUAAGAAGACAAAAGAUAUCCGAAUGGAAGUCGUGCUGAAACCCCCCAAGGCAGUACCGAAGAGCCAGAGAGAGCGUCUCAUCGGCGCCAUCGAGCAGUUCCGCUCCGGCGAGUUCCUCGACAAGGCACUCCCAAUGAAAAUGUCGACUUUGUCUGUCGACCGCAAGCGGCAUAAUCCGCAUUUGAAGACCGGAAGUCCGCAGUACGAGAGGUUCCUUGCUGCCGCAGAGGACUUGGGUCUUCUUGGAAACCCAACAGACUCUGAAGAUGGGGACGCUGGUCGUCCAUUUGGCCAGCUUCUUCCAGCUGCUGAUGCAACGUAUCCAGCAGUCGAACUGGUGUUCCAUGACACCGCAGCCAGCAACAUUGACCCCAUCCUGAUGGAUGGGAUGGACCCCAAGCUUCGACAAGCUGAUGGGGAUUGCUUUGGAAGAACGGCAGAAAGCAUCCUCGGAUAUUCCACUGCGAACCCAAAGAAGCUGCUUGCCUUCCUCGUCCUCCAGACCAAGGGGAUAUCCGGCAAUGUGAUUGUGAUCAAGCAGGUGGAGUAUGAGCUCCCUGUCGCCGAGGUGACCCUCUCCCCAAAGAACAGUCCGACUCGGCAGAAAUGCGGUCCUGGUAGCUUCAUGUGGUGUGCAAAGGGGUUUCCAAGGGUUGAAGAAAAAUGGCAACGUCCAUAAAUAAUCCGUCAGAAGGUGGGAGCCUGUGGCCCUGUGGGAGGUGUGGUCACCGCCGGAGCUUGUUGCAGACCCCCGAGAAGGGCACAGGAUGUG